AUGACGAAUCUGGUAUAUGAUUACUUUGUAGAAAAUUUCGGUACGGUGAAUAAGUGCAAGGAUUCCAACUCUGAAUAUCAUACUAAGUAUGCUAGUUACUCGAAACAAGAGCUAAAACGAGAACUGAAAGCAUUAAAACGCCAGUCACCUGUUGAUGUAGAGAAUAUUCAGUAUGUGUCAAGAUUACUAAGGACAUUAACUCAGAAUAAAGGCCAUGAUAAUGCUAAAUCUAUUAAUCACGACGAAGAAAUCAAGAAAAAUUUCUGGGCUUAUGCCAAAUCGCAUUUAGAUAGCGCUGACUAUCUGAUACCAACGUUCGAUUUGGCAACUUGCACUAAUUACUUUUAA